ACGGGCCGGCCGAGCUGGGCAGCUGCCUGCCGCGGGCAUGGACACGGCGGAGGCCACGGUGGAGAAGCUGCGGGCGCAGUGCCUGGCCCGGGGCGCUGUGGGCAUCCACGGCCUGGCCAGGUUUUUCCGCCGCCUGGACCAGGACGGAAGCCGCGCCCUGGACGCGGGGGAGCUGCGGCGGGGCCUGGCCGAGCUGGGGCUGAAGCUGGACGCGGCCGAGGCGGAGGCCGUGUGUGGGCGCUGGGACCGUGACGGCAGCGGGACCCUGGACCUGGACGAGUUCCUGCGGGCGCUCCGGCCCCCCAUGUCCCAGGCCCGGGAGGCUGCUGUCAGGGCCGCCUUCGCCAAGCUGGACCGCAGCGGAGACGGGGUGGUGACCCUGGACGACCUCCGGGGCGUGUACAGCGGCCGCGCCCACCCCAAGGUGCGCAGCGGGGAGUGGACAGAGGACGACGCACUCCGCCGCUUCCUGGACAACUUCGACAGCUCCGAGAAGGACGGGCAGGUCACGCUGGCCGAGUUCCAAGACUACUACAGCGGCGUCAGUGCCUCCAUGGACACGGACGAGCAGUUUGUGGCCAUGAUGACCAGCGCCUGGCGGCUGUGAGCGCCCCCCGCCCCCGUCCUCCUGCCGGGCA